AUGAUGAGGCCUGUCAGUGGCUCCCUCUCGGGGAAGGUUGUUCUGCCGUGCCACUUCUCCACCAUGCCCACUGCCAUGCCCACCAUCAGCGCCAAUGGCACAGAAACCACCACCAGAACCGACUACCUGCGCAUCAAAUGGACCAAAAUAAACGCGGAGAGAGAAAGCACGGUGCUGGUGGCUCAGAAUGGUGUCAUCAAGAUAGGCUCCAUCUACAGGAAUCGUGUGUCCGUGCCCAGCCACCCAGAAGAUGUGGGGGACGCUUCUCUGACCAUGGUGAAGCUUCGUGCCAGCGACGCGGGCACCUACCGCUGUGAGGUCAUGUACGGCAUCGAGGACACGCAGGACACGGUCGACCUCGACGUUGACGGUGUUGUGUUUCAUUACCGGGCAAGCACCAACCGGUACAACAUGAACUACCACAGUGCUGUCCAGGCCUGCCAAACCAUUGGAGCCUCUAUCGCCACGGCUGACCAGCUGAAGUCAGCCUAUGAGGAUGGCUUUGACCACUGUGAUGCAGGCUGGAUCGCAGAUCUGUCAGUUAGAUACCCAAUUACUAGACCCAGACCUGGCUGCUUUGGCAAUUUACUGACAAGGCCUGGUGUGAGGACAUACGGAAUCAGGAAGCCCACUGAGACCUAUGAUGUUUACUGUUAUGUGGACAGGCUGGAUGGUGAGGUGUUCUAUGCGCCUGUAACACACAAGAUGACGUUUGAAGAGGCAAAAAUUCAGUGUGAGAAGCGGAACGCUGUGCUCGCGUCCCCGGGCCAGCUCCACGCUGCCUGGCGAAAAGGUCUAGACAGGUGUGACUACGGCUGGCUCUCCGAUGGUAGCGUUCGCCACCCUGUCGCCGUGCCCAGAAUGAAGUGUGGCGGCGGCCUGGUGGGCGUCAGGACCAUGUACCGCUACCAGAACCAAACCGGAUUCCCAGAACCCUCCACCCAACUGGGAGCAUACUGCUUUAAAGAUAGGAGACAACUGAUCAAUCAGACGACCUGGGUUGAGAUGUCCGUGGAGGGCACCACCACACCAGCCAAACCCGCUGGCGAUUCCAACACAGCGCUCUCCCCUCUGGACAGAUGGAUCACCACCCAGAGCCCUGGACCUGAGCUUGUUCCUGUGGCUUCCGAAUCAGCUGAAGCAGAAGCACCUCCUUCUGUGUUCUCAACCAGCAUGGCCCCACCUCGACCCACCCAACUAACACAUGAAGACGAUCUUGAAGAGGCCAUCUUGUCACUCACCAGUCCUGCUGCGGGGUCUCACACCACAACAGCUGCAGAUCAAGAGUUAACCCUUGAUUUCGCCUCUGAGAGCCCAACCCACGUGGAGUCUGUCCCUAAACGUGGAGACACGUUUGAAGCUGCGUCCACCACAACAGGAAGUCCAAAACAUCCUGGUGAUUCAACCUCCACUGCGCCUCCUCCUGUCACCGCAGCCGUCCCAGUGGGAGAUGCAAAGCCUGAAGAGCACGUCGGUGUCACCACGGCCCUGUUACCGAGGACAGACUCUGAGCAGAGAUUUCCUGACCUCACUUUAGAGGAUCACACAGUGAUUAAAGUGGGCACGGUCCCUCCGGACAUUCUUCUAGAAGCCUCUCCAAGCACAGAACCCAUGUUUGCUCACGGGAAUACAAAAGAAACCAUCCUGAAAGGAAUGACACAGGAGAUGACUCCUUACUUGAUAGGACUAGAAUCAGCUUCGACAGCCAAACCAACUGAACCAAUCACCAGUGAGGAAACUGCGACAGAUGAAUCCAGUCCACAUGUAACUGAACAUCUUUUUACUGUUGAAACCACACAUGAUUCUACAGCGGUGACUCCCUCAAUCACACCGCAAGGAGAUUCAAGCACGGCAGAAUCAUCGUUAAAGCCUUCAGUUGGCUCACUAACUGAUUCCCAGACCAAACCCCCGUCCCAGGACCUGACUGUUCACAAACCAGUUGAGGCAGAGAUUGUUUCUACAACCGAGCACACGGAGACACCUUCUCGUCAUGAUCUAGCGACGCCGGCGAUUGUGUACAAGGAGGAAGCGAGUCAAAGGCAGACCACAUCAACAGAAUUCGCCACUCGACAUGGAACCGUGACCUCUGUAAGCUCAACGGUAGCUGCCAUUCUCAUCGACAGUGAAAUUCUAGCUGAGAAAAAGACCUCCGGUGUCCAGGUCAUUGAAGAAUCCAAGCCUGACAUCCACACGUCCCUGAGUGAAAACCUUGCUGAUAGUCAGAGCACCACCACAGACAUUGACACUGAGUACUUCAAAUAUGCUGUGGUUACAUCAGUGAUCUCUGCUGUGGACAAACCCAGCGCCACUCCGGCCACUGUAGGCCCUGACGAGCAGAACAACGUGUCCGCCUCACUCUUAGCUGCUCAGGGCCAGUUCCCAGUGUUACCAGAGGUACCUGACCUGGGUCCAUCCUCGGUCGUCCCCGUCGUUCCAGAUCAGGCCACUCCCUCCCCGACUCUAACUUUCAUUAAUGGCAAACACCAAGGGACCCUGGAACCAGACAGUAGACAAGUAGAGGCGGAGGCCAUUAGGAGACCAGGAGGAGACCAGUUCCAGUUUGAGGGCAAUGUGACAGUAGUGCUGAGCAGCUUGGAGAAGGUGAAUGCAACUACAUUUGAUUACUCUCAGAAAGAGAUUGAUAUUACACCAGAUGAACAUGACAUUCAUGAGGUGAGCUCUUUGGAAUCUACAGAGGAACCCUUUUCAACUAGGCCAUUUCCUGUGUCGGAGUCCACUCAGAGUCCACUUUUUCACGACUACAGCUCUGAAGUGGUUCAUGUGGAGUCAACGCCUCCUCUUUCACCACCAGAACAGGUUGGGGAAACCAUAGAAAACCCUGCUGUGCGCUCACCAACUACGGUGCAGAUGAUUUCUUCCAAUACAGAACAGACGUUUGAGAUGGUGUCAACAUUUUCGGAUAUCAAAGACAAACCAAGCGAUGUCGUAGUUGCAUCCACUGAAGCGACGUUUACUGUUUCACCUUCCGGUACAGCUGUAUCUAACGUUCCUGAACAAACCCAAACAUAUCAUACACCCAGGAACUCUGAGGAAAGCCAGCGUGUGAGCACCUCUGUGUAUGACGAAGGGCUUGAAGGGUCAGGAACACAACACCGGGAAGACGUCAGUGAUGCAGAGGUGACUCAGCCAGAAGGGCCUUCUUUUUCCCCCACUACAGAACUACAAAUGUCCACAGAUGGGACUGACAUUUCUGCUGUCCCACAUACGGAAAUCUCGACUCAAAUCCCGGCUCUGUCCGUUUCCACACUCACUUCUGGUGAUAUUGAAGACAGGCCAGCGACCACAAGUGACAGUAAGGGCUCCACUUUAAGCCAGGAGGAAGGAUCAGCAUGGGCCACACACUCCCUGGGGGGUCCAGAAAUCUCCUUAGGAAAAACAACCAUGAGUGGCGAAACGCUGUCCGAAGAAGCAGGCACCACUGAGUCAGAUUUACUGAUCUCUAGCCCAGCUGAGAAAGAGGAGGGAAAGGAGGAGAAAAUAAAUAUCAGCCAGCCUUCAGUGCCGGCCUCAUUGAAAGACACUGCUGAAACACAUGUGGCCUCCGCAACAAAAUACCAAACUCCCGGUAUGUUGACGGCCAGCUCUUCAUUAUUAAGCACGGAACGCAUCAUGUUGCGAUCCACAGAAACAUCAGCAGGAAAAAGCUCAGUAGACACUGCACAACAGCUAAUGACGGAACGUGAGGUUUCACCACUGCCCAAAGACCUAACAGGCACUGAAAAACCAUCAGGUGUCCCUACUACUGAUGGGACUGAGAAAAUCUCAGCAUCCACCAGAAAUGAAGAGAGUGCCAAGAGUCUGGCAACAUCCAUGAUCUCCUCUAAAGAAUCCUCUACAACAAUUGUGUCUCCAAUUUAUAGUACUGUUCAGAUGGCUAAGACAACCAUGGCAUCUUUGUCAGACUUAGUCAGCCGAUAUACCACACAGGGCCUUGAGACAAGUGAAUUACAUAAACUACAAGAAGGGACCAGAGAUAAUGAUACACCUUCUGUUAUCCCAAAAAUUAUAGAAGAAGAAAGUUCAGGUGAUUCAGAUAUGUUUGGCACAUCAACUGCAACACCUCUCUCUCCUAUUUAUAGUGCAGUCAAUAGAGAACAGGAAGUGAUCAAAAUCUCAAGCACAACCAGUGAGACUACGGCGCAAACUGAUGAGCCAUCAGCUGCUCCAGUUACUGAAGAGACUAGAACAGUCACUUCUAUAGAUGAAGAUAAGACAACUCAGAUGUUCACUAAUGAGUCACUGGUUGAAUCUUUACCUUCUGCUGUUCAAAAAACCACAAAAGCUGAGGAAGAAUCUGAAACUGCCAGCACUGCACCGGACACAAGUUCAUUCCUCCCUUCUUUUGGCAAAGAGAGCUCAACCGUCAGACAUAUAUCUGCAAAGUUAAGUACACACAAAAUAAGCAUUUCAACAGAAAUUGAAGCUUCAGAGGUUUUGAGCACAACCACCCCAUCAUCUGUAGAGGAUAUUUCGACAUCAUCUCAAGCAUCAACUCUUGCCAUAGAUUCAGUCACCCUGACUACAUUAAGCAAAGAGAACCAACAAUUCCUGGCAGAUGAAAUUGAAUUAUCCAGCACACCUCCUACCACCAUUAACAUGACUGAAUACAAAUCUGAUGAGGAUUCUAGAGUGUGGACUAUGACAAAUGUAGCUAGUUCCACCCCAGACUCCAUGUUAGCCAAAGCUACACAAGACAUGACAGUUUUCACUGAGGGAGAUAAAGCUACUAUGAAACAAACUAGCCAAACUGUUCAUGAGUCAUCUUCAGGACUUGACUACUCUGAAGGGUCUGGAGACAAAAUAUUCACCUCUGUAAUAGGCACCUCACAAACAACAACCUCUACUCUUGACAGAAGCUCAGCAGCUAAGGAGGUUGAUAGUACAGAGUUUACAACUCAAGUAUCUCUAUCCUCUGAAGAAGGCAUGUCAAGAGAGGCCAUCAAGAUUUCAACUUCCAAACCCUCUGAAACCACUUUCUCUCUGUAUAGCAUUGAGACACCCACAUCAAUUUCAGAAGAAUCUGUCAAAGAUCAUACAGAGACACUGCUGGGCUCAGUAAACACAUCAAUCAUUACCAUUAUCGAUGACACAGAGGCCAGCUUUACAUCCACAGAAGAAGAGUGGUCAGAUAGUCAGACCACAGAAAUGUUUACUUUACCUUCAGCAUCAACAGUUUCUCUCUUCAGUACAGUCAAAAUAAAGGAUGAAAGGUCUUCUAAAUCAACAGCUGUUCCUAUUACUGAUAGCAGUGAGACAGGAUUAUUGUCAACAGAAGAGGAACGCCUGUUCAGUCAGACAACAGAAAUGAUCACGGGUAUGUCUUUUAUAACAACUAUGCCUCCUAAGUCAAGUAAAGAAUCAAAGAAGACUGAGGUGUUUAUUGAUGAUGUGUCAUCAAUAGUAUUACCUUUUGAGUCACGGACUACAGCAGCCACUGCAGACACAUCUCUCAAUGUAAUAGUAGAGGCAGUAGAUGCAACUGCCAAGCCAUCAACAAUUGCUACUUUCACAAGUUCAGUCUAUUUUUCCACAGACCAAGAGAGCUCAGGUGAACAGACUCUAGAUAUGUUUGCCAAAGGCACUGAACCUACUAAAGAUUCUUCGCUGUUCAGCACUGAGAGAACAAAACAAGUAACAACAGGAUCACAUGAAACUGCAACAAUAAAAUCAUCAAAUAUUACAAUUGCUUCAGCUUCUCCUCUCUAUAGCACUAAAAAAACUAGCACAAUGUUAGAAGAAGUUGUAACAGAAGGAAGUGAAAACGCCACUGCAAUCACAGCUCUGUACAGUGCUGAGAAAACUGCAGAAACAGCCACAGACAAACCUUCAGUAACUCCUGCUGGCACAGAAACAACAUCAUUUUCAUAUAAUACAGAUCAAGGGAACUCGGGUGACCAAUCAACAGAGAUGUUUACUAAGAUCUCCUUAUCAACACCUACUUUGUCUUUGAACAGCACAGAAGAAAUAGAGGCAACUUUUUUUUCAGACAUGGUACUUGUAGAAUCUCUACCAACUUUUCAAACAACUCCAAGACCUGGGGGAGGACUUACAAAUGUCAGCAGUUCCCAUGACACAAGUUCAGUCAUCAUUUCAUCAGCCAAAGGAAGCUCUAGUGAUCAGACCCCUGAUAUGGUCACCAAGGCACCGGCCUCCAUGAUUGAGUUGGCCAGUAGUUCUACCACUGGGCAUCCUUCAGUUGAACAGGUGUCAGAUCAGACUGAAUCAUCAAGACAGGUGACCUACAUCACCUCUACACCCACAGAUAUGGAGGGAUCUGGAAUGUACAUUACAGAUGAUGACAAAGACACAUCUCAGUCAGAGGGAUCAGGUGAGGAGGCACAAAUAGAGACCACCACUAAACCACUGGACCUGUUCACUGUAGCCACAGAUGAGACAGAAAUCAAAGAGACAACGAGUUCAUCUGAGGCUCCAAGUCUUGUAUCCUCACAGUCCAUAGAGCCCAGUCAAUCUACAUCAACACAAUCUCCUCUCUCAGUCACAGAUAUCGGGGGUUCUGUACUCUCACCAACAGAAGAUGACCAGGAGACUACUCAACCUGAAAGGUCAGGUGAAGAGGCACCUGGGCAAACCACAACUAAACAACAGGAACAGUUCACUGUUGCAACCGAUGACACUGGAAUGAGAGCGAUUGAGAGCACAUCUAUCACCCCUAGUGUUGAUUCUUUAACAGAGUUUACACAAUCCCAGGAAACAAGAUCGACCCAAUCCAAGACUACAAUUUCUUCUAUCUUCAGCACUGAGAAAACAGGAAAAGUAAUAACAACAAUGUCACAUGAAAUUGAAAAUACUUCAUGGACUACUACAGCUUCCUCUCUGUAUAGCACAGAUGCCAUGAUUACCAAGGCGCCAGCCUCAGUGAUCGAAUUGGUCAGUAGUUCUACCACUGGGCAUCCUUCAGUUGAACAGGUGUCAGAUCAGACCGGAGGAUCAAGACAGGUGACCUACAUCACCUCUACACCCACAGAUAUGGAGGGAUCUGGAAUGUACAUUACAGAUGAUGACAAAGACACAUCUCAGUCAGAGGGAUCGGGUGAGGAGGCUCAAAUAGAGACCACCACUAAACCACUGGACCUGUUCAAUGUAGCCACAGAUGAGACAGAAAUCAAAGAGACAACGAGUUCAUCUGAGUCUCCAAGUCUUGUAUCCUCACCGUCCAUAGAGCCCAGUCAAUCUACAUCAACACAAUCUCCUCUCUCAAGUAUCACAGCUGAAACCAUACAUUCGGCCACAGCUUCUUUGUCCAAACAGGAAGGUGAAAACAUGACAGCGUCUUCUUCACAACAUGAGGAAACAGAUGGGAGUUCAGGUGAUGGCACUUUAACAGCCCCAGUGCAUACCACAUUAUCUUCAAAAGACAUUGUGGUUAAAAGUUCAGUAAGUACAGAGAUACCUGAUGGAACUGAGGCACCGGUCUCAAUGAUUGAGUUGGUCAGUAGUUCUACCACUGGGCAUCCUUCAGUUGAACAGGUGUCAGAUCAGACUGAAUCAUCAAGACAGGUGACCUACAUCACCUCUACACCCACAGAUGUGGAGGGAUCUGGAAUGUACAUUACAGAUGAUGACAAAGACACAUCUCAGUCAGAGGGAUCGGGUGAGGAGGCACAAAUGGAGACCACCACUAAACCACUGGACCUGUUCACUGUAGCCACAGAUGAGACGGAAAUCAAAGAGACAACGAGUUCAUCUGAGGGUCCAAGUCUUGCAUCCUCACAGUCCAUAGAGCCCAGUCAAUCUACAUCAACACAAUCUCCUCUCUCAAGUAUCACAGCUGAGACAAUACAUUCAACCACAGCUUCUUUGUCUGAGCAGGAAGGUGGAAACAUGACAUUGUCCCCUUCUUCACAACAUGAGUACACAGAAGAUGUGAGUUCAGAGCAAUACACUUCUACAACAGACUCAGUGCAUACUACAUCGUCUUCAAACGACUUGAUGGUUAACAUUUCAGUAAGCACAGAGAUAAUGGAUGAAACCAAGACGGUUCAACAAACUGAAGAACCAAAAGUCACUGUAUUAACUUCUGCUGGCCCUCUCUCAAGUAUAACAGUCUCAGUGGUACCAUUCACAGAUCAAGAGUCUUCUUUUGACCUUACAUCAGAAAUGCUUUUGAAAACAUUUAUUACAUCUACUCCACCAGAGGCAGAAUAUUUAGAGAUCAAGUCUUCAUCCACAGUCGUCAUCAGUGACCCAUCUAAAAGCACAACUGUAGGAACAGUCAUUACACCCAGUAAGGAAAUGCAUGAACCUCCCUUUGACUCUACAAUUGCAACAAUUAAUACUGUGCAACCAACAGCUGGACUGCCAAGCACAUCAAAACCAUUUGUCCCCUCAGUCACAGAUAUCGGGGGUUCUGUACUCUCACCAACAGAAGAUGACCAGGAGACUACUCAACCUGAAAGGUCAGGUGAAGAGGCACCUGGGGAAACCACAACUAAACCACAGGACCAGUUCAAUGUUGCAACCGAUGACACUGGAAUGAGAGCGAUUGAGAGCACAUCUAUCACCCCUAGUGUUGAUUCUUUAACAGAGUUUACACAAUCCCAGGAAACAAGAUCGACCCAAUCCAAGACUACAAUUUCUUCUAUCUUCAGCACUGAGAAAACAGGAAAAGUAAUAACAACAAUGUCACAUGAAAUUGAAAAUACUUCAUGGACUACUACAGCUUCCUCUCUGUAUAGCACAGAUGCCAUGAUUACCAAGGUGCCAGCCUCAGUGAUCGAAUUGGACAGUAGUUCUACCACUGGGCAUUCUUCAGUUGAACAGGUGUCAGAUCAGACCGGAGCAUCAAGACAGGUGACCUUCAUCACCUCUACACCCACAGAUAUGGAGGGAUCUGGAAUGUACAUUACAGAUGAUGACAAAGACACAUCUCAGUCAGAGGGAUCGGGUGAGGAGGCACAAAUGGAGACCACCACUAAACCACUGGACCUGUUCAAUGUAGCCACAGAUGAGACAGAAAUCAAAGAGACAACGAGUUCAUCUGAGUCUCCAAGUCUUGUAUCCUCACCGUCCAUAGAGCCCAGUCAAUCUACAUCAACACAAUCUCCUCUCUCAGGUAGCACAGCUGAAACAAUACAUUCUACCACAGCUUUUUUGUCUGAGCAGGAAGAUGGAAACAUGACAUCGUCCCCUUCUUCACAACAUGAGUACACAGAAGAUGUGAGUUCAGAGCAAUACACUUCUACAACAGACUCAGUGCAUACCACAUCAUCUUCAAAAGACUUUGUGGUUAAAAGUUCAGUAAGCCCAGAGAUACCUGAUGGAACUGAGGCACCGGUCUCCAUGAUUGAGUUGGUCAGUAGUUCUACCACUGGGCAUCCUUCAGUUGAACAGGUGUCAGAUCAGACCGGAGCAUCAAGACAGGUGACCUACAUCACCUCUACACCCACAGAUGUGGAGGGAUCUGGAAUGUACAUUACAGAUGAUGACAAAGACACAUCUCAGUCAGAGGGAUCGGGUGAGGAGGCACAAAUGGAGACCACCACUAAACCACUGGACCUGUUCACUGUAGCCACAGAUGAGACAGAAAUCAAAGAGACAACGAGUUCAUCUGAGGCUCCAAGUCUUGUAUCCUCACAGUCCAUAGAGCCCAGUCAAUCUACAUCAACACAAUCUCCUCUCUCAAGUAUCACAGCUGAGACAAUACAUUCAACCACAGCUUCUUUGUCUGAGCAGGAAGGUGGCAAGAUAACAGCGUCUUCUUUACAACAUGAGGACCCAGAUGAGAGUUCAGGUGAUGACACUUUAACAGCCCCAGUGCAUACCACAUCAUCUUCAAAAGACAUUGUGGUUGAAACUUCAGGAAGCACAGAGAUACCUGAUGGAACUGAGGCACCGGUCUCCAUGAUUGAGUUGGUCAGUAGUUCUACCACUGGGCAUCCUUCAGUUGAACAGGUGUCAGAUCAGACCGGAGGAUCAAGACAGGUGACCUACAUCACCUCUACACCCACAGAUAUGGAGGGAUCUGGAAUCUACAUUACAGAUGAUGACAAAGACACAUCUCAGUCAGAGGGAUCGGGUGAGGAGGCACAAAAAGAGACCACCACUAAACCACUGGACCUGUUCACUGUAGCCACAGAUGAGACAGAAAUCAAAGAGAAAACGAGUUCAUCUGAGUCUCCAAGUCUUGUAUCCUCACAGUCCAUAGAGCCCAGUCAAUCUACAUCAACACAGUCUCCUCUCUCAGGUAGCACAGCUGAAACAAUACAUUCUACCACAGCUUUUUUGUCUGAGCAGGAAGAUGGAAACAUGACAUCGUCCCCUUCUUCACAACAUGAGUACACUGAAGAUGUGAGUUCAGAGCAAUACACUUCUACAACAGACUCAAUGCAUACCACAUCAUCUUCAAAAGACUUUGUGGUUAAAAGUUCAGGAAGCACAGAGAUACCUGAUGGAACUGAGGCACCGGUCUCCAUGAUUGAGUUGGUCAGUAGUUCUACCACUGGGCAUCCUUCAGUUGAACAGGUGUCAGAUCAGACCGGAGGAUCAAGACAGGUGACCUACAUCACCUCUACACCCACAGAUAUGGAGGGAUCUGGAAUGUACAUUACAGAUGAUGACAAAGACACAUCUCAGUCAGAGGGAUCGGGUGAGGAGGCACAAAUAGAGACCACCACUAAACCACUGGACCUGUUCACUGUAGCCACAGAUGAGACAGAAAUCAAAGAGACAACGAGUUCAUCUGAGGGUCCAAGUCUUGCAUCCUCACAGUCCAUAGAGCCCAGUCAAUCUACAUCAACACAAUCUCCUCUCUCAAGUAUCACAGCUGAGACAAUACAUUCAACCACAGCUUUUUUGUCUGAGCAGGAAGAUGGAAACAUGACAUCAUCCCCGUCUUCACAACAUGAGGAAACAAAUGAGAGUUCAGGUGAUGACACUUUAACAGCCCCAGUGCAUACCACAUCAUCUUCAAAAUACAUUGUGGUUGAAAGUUCAGUUAGCACAGAGAUACCUGAUGGAACUGAGGCACCGGUCUCCAUGAUUGAGUUGGUCAGUAGUUCUACCACUGGGCAUCCUUCAGUUGAACAGGUGUCAGAUCAGACCGAAGCAUCAAGACAGGUGACCUACAUCACCUCUACACCCACAGAUGUGGAGGGAUCUGGAAUGUACAUUACAGAUAAUGACAAAGAAACAUCUCAGUCAGAGGGAUCGGGUGAGGAGGCACAAGCAGAGACCACCACUAAACCACUGGACCUGUUCACUGUAGCCACAGAUCAGACAGAAAUCAAAGAGACAAAGAGUUCAUCUGAGGCUCCAAGUCUUGUAUCCUCACAGUCCAUAGAGCCCAGUCAAUCUACAUCAACACAAUCUCCUCUCUCAAGUAGCACAGCUGAAACCAUACAUUCCGCCACAGCUUCUUUGUCUGAACAGGAAGGUGGAAAUAUAAAAGCAUCCCCUUCUUCACAAAAUGAGGACACAGAUGAGAGUUUGGGUGAUGACACACUAAUAGCUCCAGUGCAUACCACAUCAUCUUCAUCUUUAUCUACCACCUCUUCCACAGUACAGCACAGUGGUGUCUUCUCAAUCUACUCCACGGCUAAGACUGAAGACACAGAGUACAAGAGUCUUGGUGAAUAUCUUCCUGACAAACCAGCACAAGUAGUCACUACAGCGUUUCACAAAACUGCAAAUGCUGAAACGUCAACGAUUGCUGUUACUUUGUCUUCCCUGUUCAACACUGAGAAAGCUUCAGAUAUGUCUAGAGAGUCUACUCCAUUUAAAGCAACUUCUUUCUUUAGCACUGAAGAGACAAGACCCAAAGUGACCCCAGUGUUGCAUGAAACAAUAACUUCCACAUAUGAGAUCUCUAAUGACAACACCUCUGACAGUUUUCCCAAAGGGUCUAUUACUGCAACAAUUUCUUCAUUGUAUGUCAUGGUCAAGUCAGAGCAUGUGACAACCCCUGCAAUACCACAAGUGAGUGAAGAUAUAGAGCAUAUUGAGAAAACAUCAGGCUCAGAACAAGCUUCUGCUACUAUUACCGUCACACCAUUCACUUUGCCUGAUAUUGAGGAAGAGCUGAACUCUGACAGUAGCAAAGAGCCUUCACUGGUUGAAUCUGUACCUUCAUUUAGUCAAAGUACUAUAACACCUGAGGGAGCACCUAUCAUCUCAAGUGUUGACCCUGACACAGAAACAGGCUCAGUCCCCUUCUUUAAAGGUGAAGAAAGCUCAGGUGAUCAAACCCCUGAAAUGUUCACCAAAGGGUCUGUCGAUCUAAAACAGUCCUUUCCUUCCAUUCCUGUUACAACACAAGUGAAUACCACAUCAAUUUCAGGAACAGUGCAAGGGUCUUCCAUAUCCUCUCACUCUGAUUAUGUCACUCCCAAGACAACUGAUGUUGAUAAAGUAACAAAACAAAUGACACCCACAACCACACAACAACCAUUCACUGAGAGUUACACAUUAAGCGAGGCAACAGGCCAAACAGAAUUCUCUGUGUCAAAUACACCAGGCCCAGAUGUCUUUGGUCAAGUAAGCCCAGCGUCUGAAGCCUCUAUCAGUCCUGAGGCUACACAGAACCAUAUAACUGUUACUGUAAAAGAUCAUGCAACUAUAAGUGACCGUACAACAACCCAACUCCAUUCAAUCAAAAUAGACCACAAUACGAUACGACCCAAUACAAAAGAGAAUGUUCAUUCAUUCAUUGGAGAUCACACAGUAGCAAGAGAACACAUGACCAGCAGAGAAAAUACAGCAAUGCCUCUUGGAUCACAGUUACCAACAUCAACUGCUAUCCCCUCUAUCAUCUACCAGGGUGUUACUGACCAACAGGUUGGGAUAAUUGCCUCAACAAGUAGUCAAACGAAGACUGACCAAUCUGCCACUUUGGCACCUCAUGGUACGAAACCAUCAAAAAGCCCAGUUAUCAUAUUUACAGACACAGGAGAUGAGGAUGCUCUGUUCUCUGCAGUUACAGAGAGUAUGACCACAACACAUGAGAUCAUAACAAAAGAUGAAACAAUCAUUGAUGCUGAUGCUGUGACAAUGGUAGACUUCUCCAAACCAUUCAACCCCACCAUCUUCACAGAGGAAGCAAUCGGAGUCACAGCCAUUACCAUGACACCACAGUCCUCAGUUAAAAUGAUCGAACAGAAUGAGGGGUCUGGGGUAGAGUACUAUUUUCCUUCCAAAAAUGACUCAUUGAAUCUGUCUACAACCCUAAUACCAACCCUCUUAUCCACCAACACUCCUUCUUCUACUUGGGAAAUGAAUGCGAAACAAACCAGCCAACUGCCUGUUGAUGGGUCACAUCCAGGAAAUGACUACUAUGAAGGGUUUGGAACCAAGAUAUCCACCUCUAUAGCAGAGGCAUCCCAAUCAACGACCCCUACCUGGGACAGGAGCUCAAUAGCUAUGAGGGAUAUGACAGAGAUUACAACUCCAGUACCUCCAUCCUCAGAGAACAAAAAUGAAAUUUCACCUCCCAAAACCUCAGAAGUAACAUUCUCUUUUUAUAGCACAGAGAAACCAUCACUUCCUUAUAGUUCAGAUUCAUCCUCAUCAGAUGAAGAGGAAUCAAGUGGCCACACACCUGAUUUGUCUACCGAUGACCGCAUAAUUACAACAGUUUCUUCUUUGUUCAGCUUUGAGAAACCUACCACAGUAUCACAAGAAACGGUAACAGCAGAGACUAAAAUGACUGCAUCAAUUACAAAUUAUUCUCUCUUCAGCACUGACAGGCCAAGACAAAUAGUGUCCACAAUGUCAAAUGAAACUGUGAGUGAUGAGACUGCAAGGACUUCCAAAAUGAUUUUGCAAGAAUUUGUAACAACAAAGGUCACAGACCUAACCAAAAAACCAGCAGUCACUCCUGUAAUUAAUGAAGCAGAGACAAGACCAGUCUCACAUGUAAGGUCAACAACAGCACCAGAAGAGACUGCAUCUAUUAAUCAGACAGAUACUCCAUCGGUCGCUGAGGGGUCCAUAUCUGUUAGUGUUGAUAACAAAGAAACAGGUUCUACAGAUGGAGAGAGUUCUGAGAGUUCUGGAGAUGGCAAAACUUCAAUGACCACCCAGGAGUCUCCUGUAACAGAUGAAACAGAACAGACACAAUCAACAAGCAACAGACACCCUUCAACUUCCAUGAAAAGCCCAGUCAUACCUGGUACAGAUGUUGAGGGCUCAGAUGAUCAGACACCUAUCCUGUUUACUAAAGAGUAUGUGACUACUACAGUUUCAUCUCUGUUCAGCACAGAGAAAUCCACAACAAUCUUACAAGAAUUUAAAAUCACAGACCAAACUGAGGGACCUGUAGUUACUCCUAUUAUGGAAGAAGCAGUGACAAGACUAGUCUCACAUGUAAUGUCAAAAACAUCACCAGAAGAGACUGCCUCUAUUAAUCAGACAGACACUCCAUCUGUCGCAGAGGGGUCCGUAUCAGCUAGUGUUGUCAACACAGAAACAGGUUUUACAGAUGGAGAGAGUUCUGAAGAUGGGACAACUUCAAUGACUAGCCAGGAGUCUCCUGUAACAGAAUCCCAUUUGCAAAGUACCACUGCUAUGUCAUCAUUCUCUGAAUCUGUGAGUAAGCUUUCCUCUGCGGAAAUUCCUGGCGGUGAUGAAACAGAACAGACAGAAUCAACAAGCACCAGACACCCUUCAACUUCUCCAACUUUUGUGGAAAGCCCAGCGAGCUCAGUCAUACCUGAUACAGAUGGAGAGCGCUCAGGUGAUCAGACAACUAUCCUGUUUACUAAAGAGUAUGUGACUACUACAGUUUCAACAACAUUACAAGAAUUUAAUGUCGCAGAGCAAACUGAGGGACUUGUAGUUACUCCUGUUAUAGAAGAAGCAGAGACAACACCAGUCCCAGAUGUAAUGUCAACAACAUCACCAGAAGAGACUGCAUCUAUUAUUCAGACAGAUACUACAUCUGUCGCAGAGGGGUCCAUAUCAGCUAGUGUUGGUAACACAGUAACAGCAUUUACUCCUGUUACAGAAGAAGCAGAGAUAAGACCACUCUCAGAUGUCAUGUCAUCAACACCACCAGAAGAGACUGCAUCUAUUAAUCAGACAGAUACUCUUCUCAUCACCGAGGGUUCAGUAACUCCUAUUGAUGAUGACACAGAAACAGGCUCAACACAUAACAGGGAGUCCAGAUUUGAGACCACUCCUCUAUAUAGCACUGAGAACAUUUCUGAAGUAACUGUCACUGCAGAGAAUGAAGUUACAGAAGAAUCAGAGAGGCCAUCAGGCUCUGACAAACCAUCAUUUACUGAUUAUGCAGAACCCAGCUCCAUCUUACCUUCCACAGAUGAGAAGAUCUCAGGUCACCUGACAAGUCCGGUUUUGUCCUCGGACACCUAUAGAUCAAACGCUCACCUCUUGACUAGCACAACAGAGCCAGUUGGCUCUGUUCAUUCCACUGAGGGGACGUCAGAGGCUGGUGUGAUAAUCCAGUUUAUCACAACACUUGCCACUAAACUAGACACGACAACACAUGAGGAAUCGAUACAAGAGGCCAUGUCUAACAUCGCAUUUACCAAUCGUCCCCCUACUGGCCUCUCUUUUAAAGGAACAGUAGUGCCCCCAACCAGUCCUACACUGCUUGAGGAGGAGUCAAAACCAUUUGGUGAUGCUAAACCGACGCCUGGAGAUAGCUCAGAAUCAAACUUUGUGUCCACUGCUUCUCAAGUAAAGAGCGAUGUUGUGUUAUCCACUUCAGAGAAAGAGGUACAAGUGGAAGCUUCAAGCCAGGUGCUUCCAAGAACCUCAGAGGACAAUAUAAGCCCAUCUUUGACUGAGACAGAAUCAGCCUCCACAAGCUCAGAAAGGCACUCUGAGGAAACCUCGGACUAUAAGGGUGUUUCAGUGCCUACAUCAGUCGAGAGUGAACCCCCCGUCAGGGGGAUGGACCAAACCUCUUCAGCUGAGGCCAGACUUGAUUUGGGACACACGAUUGUUGGUGAAACGGUUGAAAUUGCAGGCAUCCACUCCUGCACUGAGAACGUUUGUCUGAAUGGGGGCUCCUGCUACAAAUCUGGAGCUCUCCACACGUGCAGCUGUGCCCCUGGUUACAGUGGAGAUCGCUGUGAAACAGACAUUGAUGAAUGUCAAUCAAACCCAUGUCGCAAUGGAGGCACCUGUGUCGACAGGCUAAAUUCCUUCACCUGUAUUUGCCUCCCAAGCUACUCAGGAUUGCAUUGUGACCAAGACACGGAGAACUGUGAAUAUGGCUGGCACAAGUUCCAGGGCCACUGCUACAAGUAUGUCCCCCAGAGGAGGAACUGGGACACGGCAGAGAGGGAGUGCAGGUUACAAGGGGCACACCUUGCAAGCAUCCUCUCCCACGAUGAGCAGCAGUUUGUUAACCGAAUCGGACAUGACUACCAGUGGAUCGGCCUGAGCGAUAAGAUGUAUGAGAAUGACUUCCGCUGGACCGACAACACACCCAUGCAAUAUGAGAAUUGGCGGCCCAACCAGCCGGACAGUUUUUUCUCGUCUGGGGAGGACUGUGUGGUGAUGAUCUGGCACGAGGACGGUCAGUGGAACGACGUGCCCUGCAACUACCACCUCACCUUCACCUGCAAGAAAGGGACAGUGGCCUGUAACCAGCCCCCACUGGUACAAAACGCUCGCACCUUUGGCAAAAAGAGGCCACGUUAUGAGAUCAAUGCUCUAGUGAGGUACCAGUGUAAGGAUGGUUUCAUCCAGAGGCACGUGCCAACCAUACGUUGCCGUGGAGACGGCCAAUGGGACAUCCCUAAAAUCACCUGUAUGAGUGCUUCAAACUUCCAGAGGAACUUCUCGAGGAGACAGAGCUAUAGCCUGUUCAGUAGUAAGAACUUCAAGCGUCGGUCCGAUCAGGAGGUAGCUCAGCAUCGCCCUCACCAUCGGGGACGGAAAGUGAGGAGAUCAGUGAUGAGGCAAAACAGAAGACAAUGAUGGCAGCGAUUAGGCUAGGUUAUGCCUACUCAAAUCAGUAGAGCCUAUACCAUUGGAACAAGGGAUUAAAGAAAAAUGACAAAAGGAAGCUUAACAAAGAACCAGACGAUUUUUGCAAUAUUCUUGCAGUUUUGAUGAUGGAAUCUUUGAAUGAAGAAAUAUAAUUUUUUAAGAAUAUUCUGAUAAAGGGAUGCUAUUUUAUAAGAAAGCGAAGUGGAUAUCUUUUAAUGUACUUUGAGUCAUACAGUGCAUUAAUUGUCAACUUUACAACGUUUUCAAUUUGACACUGACUGAGACCUUUUCAGCUUUUGCGUUGAGGAAAAUAUACAGACAAAUACCUUCUUUUGUGGAUUAUAGCGCUUAUGUUAUGCAAAAGAAUUCAAUUAAUUCACAAAUACACUGUGGUAUGCAGGCAAUAACAAUCAUAUGAAUCCACAGAACAUCUUUCCAAUGAACUCUUCAUUAUCCUGAAAUGACAUUUCAAGAUCUUAUUGUUACACAUCCCUUACUGUAUGUAUUUCAUAUUUCUUCCUGCCGAGAUCGAGUUCUGAAAUUUAGUGGAAUGGAGCAUGUGAUGAGACUUUAGGAAGACACAUCGCUGACAAUCCCAUUUCACAUCACUGAAAGGAAAUAAAGAAACAAGGGUGUCCCAUCCAAUCAGAAUUUGGAUUGCUGGAGACUUCUAUAUUUUUCACGGCAGCUUUCAACAAAUCACCAGCUUCUUGUCGUCAGCCUUCAUCCCAUUUAAUCCAUGUAAAGAUACAUAAAUACAAAUAGAUAUAUAAAGAAUAUAUGAUAUGUUGAGAAUGGAUACAUGUUGGUCCACAUCCAACAAUGUUGUUUUAUUAUGUGUGUAGAGAAUCUAGAGGAUAUGUAUUGUAUUGUUUGACUGAGGGCCAAAUGUUUCCCGAGUGAGUCCUAAGGCCUUUUACAUUGAAGUAAACCUGUAAAUUAUUUGGCAGUGUUGAAUGAAAUUACAGAUGGGAAAGGUGGGUUUAUUGUAGUCUUUUUCCUAGACAAUAUAACCUGGAAUUCCUUGCUAUGUUUACAACUAAUGUGAGGUAUUUCACAAAAACAUUUUGCUUUGCUGAAAUCCUUCCUGUAGAAGUUUCCUCAUUGGUGACUUCAGCUCUUCGCUUCCAUUGUGCUGUUUUUAAGGUCAAUAUAAAACUACUAUUGAGCGAAUGUACUUUGUGAACACUUGAACAAAUGCCUUCUUUUUUUUUACUCACAAAAUAUGAAAGUAAUUUAUUUUUCAAGCUGCUCUUCCUUUUCUCGCUAUGUUAUUGUUUUUGAGGUGAAAUAUCCUGAAGAUUCAAUCACUUGGCCUGACUAUAUCAAUAUGUUUUGCCGGUAUUGUAAACACUACAGAAUCCAGAGUAUAAGUCAGUGUGAUGAUGACAAUCCUUUAGUACACACUACAUUAGAAAGGCUUUAUAGUAUGACAGUUAAGAUUCAGCAAUGCCUGUGAUGCCUGUUCGACGUCACAAUAUGACCUAACACUACAGAUUCUUUGUAGCUCAAUUCACGACAACCAUCCAUUUCUGUAGUCCCCAGGAGUUUAUUUGGUCUUGUAUGUUUGUCUUGUUAUGUUUGUUGUGUUUUAGCAUUCAAGUGCACAUAACGUUUUAUAUUUAUAGUUCUUUUUAUAACUUUUUAUUUUAUAAUGUGAAUGUCUGGGAGGUUUGUGAAAAAAAAAAAAAAGUUUCAAAAAA